AUGUACGAGUGGGAGCAGGGCUUCAACCAGAACUUCUCCCAGGAUCAAGUACAAGACAUUGAUGGGCAGUAUGCCAUGACGCGGGCACAGAGAGUGCGUGCAGCUAUGUUCCCAGAGACGCUGGAUGAAGGCAUGCAGAUCCCCUCAACACAAUAUGACACAGCCAACCCCACAAACGUGCAGAGGUUGGCAGAGCCCUCGCAGAUGUUAAAACACGCCGUGGUAAAUCUGAUAAACUACCAGGAUGACGCAGAGCUGGCCACUAGAGCCAUUCCGGAGCUGACCAAACUGCUCAACGACGAGGACCAGGUGGUUGUAAACAAGGCAGCAGUAAUGGUCCACCAGCUUUCAAAGAAAGAGGCUUCGCGGCAUGCCAUCAUGCGCUCCCCUCAGAUGGUCUCUGCCAUUGUCAGGACCAUGCAGAACACAAAUGAUGUGGAGACUGCUCGCUGCACUGCAGGAACCCUCCACAACCUGUCCCACCACAGAGAGGGGCUGCUGGCAAUCUUCAAAUCUGGAGGAAUUCCAGCGCUAGUUAAGAUGCUGGGGUCCCCAGUGGAUUCUGUCCUGUUCUAUGCCAUUACUACCCUUCACAACCUACUUCUGCACCAAGAGGGAGCUAAGAUGGCUGUUCGGCUAGCUGGAGGGCUCCAGAAAAUGGUGGCUCUGCUCAACAAAACAAAUGUCAAAUUCUUGGCCAUUACCACAGACUGUCUGCAGAUUCUGGCUUAUGGAAACCAGGAAAGCAAGUUGAUAAUCCUGGCCAGUGGAGGCCCCCAGGCGCUAGUCAACAUCAUGAGAACAUACACUUACGAGAAGCUGCUGUGGACCACCAGCAGGGUGCUCAAAGUGCUGUCGGUGUGCUCCAGUAACAAACCAGCCAUUGUAGAAGCUGGAGGCAUGCAGGCUUUGGGUCUGCACUUAACGGAUCCCAGCCAGAGACUGGUCCAGAAUUGUCUCUGGACCCUCAGGAACUUGUCUGACGCUGCCACCAAACAAGAGGGAAUGGAGGGUCUCCUUGGGACUCUGGUCCAGUUACUGGGAAGUGACGAUAUAAAUGUUGUGACCUGUGCUGCUGGUAUCUUGUCUAACUUGACCUGCAACAACUAUAAAAACAAGAUGAUGGUCUGCCAGGUUGGAGGAAUUGAAGCAUUGGUUCGCACAGUGUUGCGGGCUGGUGACCGGGAGGACAUCACAGAACCAGCUAUUUGUGCGCUGCGUCAUCUGACGUCGCGACAUCAGGAGGCAGAGAUGGCCCAGAACGCUGUCAGACUGCAUUACGGUCUGCCUGUUGUAGUUAAGCUACUACACCCUCCAUCUCACUGGCCUCUCAUUAAGGCCACAGUGGGAUUGAUCCGUAAUCUGGCCCUGUGUCCUGCUAACCAUGCCCCUCUGAGGGAACAGGGCGCCAUCCCCAGACUGGUUCAGCUGCUGGUCCGAGCACACCAGGACACACAGAGACGCACCAGCAUGGGCGGCACACAGCAGCAGUUUGUGGAGGGAGUUCGUAUGGAGGAGAUUGUGGAAGGCUGCACAGGGGCUCUGCACAUUCUGGCCCGGGACAUCCACAACAGAAUAGUCAUCCGAGGACUAAACACCAUCCCUCUUUUUGUUCAGCUCCUGUACUCUCCUAUUGAGAACAUCCAGCGUGUGGCCGCUGGAGUGCUGUGUGAGCUGGCCCAGGACAAAGAAGCAGCAGAGGCCAUUGAGGCUGAGGGAGCCACAGCUCCACUGACAGAGCUGCUGCACAGCCGCAACGAAGGAGUUGCCACAUACGCCGCCGCUGUAUUGUUCCGUAUGUCCGAGGACAAACCCCAGGACUACAAGAAACGUCUUUCAGUAGAACUCACAAGUUCACUUUUCAGGACUGAGCCAAUGGCCUGGAACGAGACUGGAGACCUGGGCCUGGACAUCGGUGCUCAGGGAGAGCCGCUGGGCUACAGACCUGAAGACCCAAGCUACCGUGCUUUCCAUGCUGGGGGUUAUGGUGCGGACACUAUGGGCAUGGAGCCUAUGAUGGACCAUGAUCUGGGACACCACCCCGGCCAGGACUACCCUCCCGUAGAGGGACUACCUGAUCUGGGACAUGCCCAAGAACUGAUUGAGGGCCUGCCUCCUGAGCAACAUUACACUACACUUUCUACUAGCUGUAUCAUGUGA